AUGUCUUCUUCUUCAGAAACAAAUAGUAGUGGCAAUGACCCCAACAACAACAACAACAAUAACUCUAUUCUUGGAGAUAAAAGCACAACCCGUCAAGUACCAAAAUGGUUAGAACUCUUUCCUCUUGAAUUAUUGAGCAAACUAAACGAAAAGGAGAUUCAAUCGUUGGUCGGAUUAGUGGUUCAUAAGAAAGAAAUGGAUGGAAAAUGCAAACCACUUCAAAAGAGAGACCAGAAGACAAAUGGACCGUGUCGUGUUAUCAGCUUUGACGGUGGAGGAAUAAGAACGAUCCUUCAAUGUGUGAUCAUGGCCGAUAUUGUUGAGAAAUAUCACAAUUUUCUGGAUCAAGUAGAUGUGUUUGCUGGUAGCAGUGCCGGUGCUUUGGUUGCAACUCUAUUUAUACUCGGAUAUCUACCACGUGAUGUUGUCAAUAUUAUGAGUAUGGUAUGCUCAAAUAUAUUUGGUCAGCCAAAACAAGGAAUGGAAAGCACCUCUUCUGCCACCUAUUCCAAUGAUCUCAUCCAAGCCGUUUUCUAUCUCUUCCUUGGGGAUACCAAACUCACCGAUCUUAAUCGCUCACUAGUUGUCCCUGCCUUACAACUUGCCUUUAAAGACAAUACAAUAGUAAGAUGGGUACCCCGAUUAUUCCAUAAUAUGAAUCCAACCUCUUCUCAAGAUGAACCUCUCAAAUGUACGGAUACGCCAACAUGCUCUCCAAGUCUUGAAUUGCCCGACGGCACCACCAAACUCAAAGUAUCGGACCUAUUGUUAAGAACAUUGUCCGUUCCAGGUGCAUUUCCAAGUCACCAAGGGUACAUUGAUGGUGGAAUAUUUUGUAAUAACCCAUCAAUGGCAGCCGUUUCACUAGCGUCAAACUUUAAACGGGUUGGUACCGACAGAAUUGUCUGUCUGUCUUUUGGAUCAGGUUUAUUCCCGAGAGCGAUGGACACAAAACCUGAAGUCAAAGAUCAUAACAUGCCACUCUCAGGUUGGCAAAGUUCAUUGGCAGAUAUGUACAUUGACUCAAGUACUGAACUUGUUCACCAACUAACAGGUACCCUAUUGUCCGAUAGAUACCAUAGAUUCAACCCUAUUUUAGAACAAGAGAUUAAAUUUGACAAUACAACGGAGGUCGCGGGAUUGGUAGAUCUUGCCCAGUCUGUUGUUAUUAAUGAUCAAUGGAUUCAAGAGCAUUGGACUAAAACAACAGUCUCUCCCUAA